AGGCUGUUGCUGUUUGCUAUGGCUUCACAGUUAGCAGGUCAGGGUCUGGACAAUGGAGUUAUAAAUUCCAAGACUUACUCAACGAAAGGAGUUUGAAGUGUCAUGCCACUGAUGAUCUGAGAAACAGACUGAAUCAGACUUUGAAUGGUGAAGUUUACCUGUUCCAAGAGGUGCUGAAUCAAGUAAGGCAGGAGAAUAAAAUAACCAAAGAGCCCCUCACUCUGCAGGUCAAGAUAUGUUGCUGGAAUGAAGGAGAUGGAAGUUUCAACAGAUCCUGGGACUUGAGCCCUAUUGGACCCAAAACAUUCCAUAUUGACUCAAAUACUAAGAAUGGGCCUGAAGUGGAUUCUGCAUCCAACCUGACAGAAGAGAUGAGAGAGAAAAUCAAGAAAGUAAAAGACUUCUUAAACAUGGCCUCACAGGGCGAAUGCAGAAGCUGGGUUAGGGAGACCAAGUUGCACUGUGAAGAAAAUUUGGAGCAUACAGGAUCGACUUCAAAGGCACAAAAUAACACCCAGGUUAUAACUGCUACUGCACCUUCAACUACCACCCCAAUUCAGAACACGGCAAAUACGAAGAUCAGCCUGGGAGCUGUGGUAGCACCCCUCACUAUUGGGAUAGGCGUGAUAGCCGUGAUAGCCGUGAUAGCCGUGAUACGCAAGAAAUGCUUUUACCAAAGAAAGAAGGAGCUGACUGGGGUCUCACCUGGUCCUGGCAGGAGCUUCCCCAUGCUGCCGCUCAGUCACGAAUCUAAUGGGAACUCAGUGCCCACAGCUGCCUCUUGGACUUCCCUGGAACAGUACCCAUCUCUUCUGCCUCACAGCCAGAAAAGAAAACCUUCUGAUGGUGUUGGUGAUCUGUGAUAUUUCACUUCUGACCAAACAUGGUGUGAAGUAGGAAAACUGACAGUCUCCGUGCCUCCUUUAUCACUCCAUCAAGAAGUGACAGGUCAUUGUCAUCAGGGACUCCAUCUUGCUGUGUUCCUUUCUCAUUCUUCACCUCAACCCUGUGGAGAUCAGGCCUUGUCCUGUGCUAGGUUACUCCUUGUCAUGUGAAAUGAGGGCUUUCAGGCCGACCCUUUCCCAAAUUUUCUCCAUUUUACAAAC